CGCAUGCGCGUGUGUUGGCGGGCGCAGCUCCGUAUUGUUAGCAGACUGAGCAGACUCCCCUCGGCCCGGGACCUGCAGCAGCUACUGAACCAGGACCACCUCAGUGGACCACGGGCUCCCCGGUCCUCUCCACGGAAUCUGCGACGGUUUCAGUUUAUUUUGAUCGAUUUGAAGGAUAAAAACGAUGAGGCGGGACAGGGACCGGGAUCGUGAUCGGGAUCGGAACAGGGACCGGGAUCGAAAUCGAGACAGAGAAAGAGACAGAGACAGAGAGAGAAACGUGAAAGCACCCGAGGUCCCCGUCAGCCCGGCUGCUUCCAGUUUUGGGUUCUUGAUGCAGUCCUCCAAUCAGCAGAAGAUAAACCCCUUCACCAACUUGCCCCACACACCUCGCUACCAUGAAAUCCUGAAGAAACGACUGCAGCUGCCUGUCUGGGAGUACAGAGAGCGCUUCACUGAAAUCUUGAUGACGAACCAGUCUUUUGUGCUUGUGGGAGAAACAGGCUCUGGAAAGACCACGCAGAUCCCUCAGUGGUGUGUGGAUAUGGUGCGGUCAAUGGCAGGACCCAAGAGAUCUGUGGCGUGCACCCAGCCCAGGAGGGUGGCGGCCAUGAGCGUUGCUCAGAGGGUUGCAGAUGAGAUGGAUGUGAUGCUGGGUCAAGAGGUCGGCUAUUCCAUCAGGUUUGAGGACUGCAGUUCUGCCAAGACUGUGCUCAAGUACAUGACAGAUGGAAUGUUGCUGCGGGAGGCGAUGAACGAUCCCCUGCUGGAGCGUUAUGGUGUCAUCAUCCUGGACGAAGCCCACGAACGCACAUUAGCAACAGACAUCCUCAUGGGGGUCCUCAAGGAAGUAGCCCGCCAGAGGUCUGACCUUAAGGUCAUCGUCAUGAGUGCGACGCUGGAUGCCGGUAAAUUCCAAGUGUAUUUUGACAGCUGCCCGCUGUUAACUAUCCCCGGACGCACGCACCCCGUGGAGAUCUUCUACACGCCGGAACCAGAGCGAGACUACCUGGAGGCAGCCAUUCGUACUGUGAUCCAGCUCCACAUGUGUGAGGUGGAUGAGGGGGACGUUCUUCUUUUCCUCACUGGGCAAGAGGAAAUUGAUGAAGCCUGCAAGCGAAUCAAGCGGGAGGUCGACGACCUGGGACCUGAAGUUGGUGAUCUGAAAACCAUCCCGCUGUACUCCACCCUGCCUCCGCAGCAGCAGCAGAGGAUCUUCGAGCCAUCCCCACCCAAUAAACCAAAUGGUGCCAUUGGAAGGAAGGUCGUCGUGUCAACAAACAUAGCCGAAACAUCCCUGACCAUCGAUGGAGUGGUGUUUGUAAUUGAUCCCGGAUUUGCCAAGCAAAAGGUGUAUAACCCACGUAUCAGAGUGGAAUCUCUUCUGGUCACAGCCAUCAGCAAGGCCUCAGCCCAGCAGAGAGCAGGCCGUGCUGGACGGACGUGCCCUGGAAAGUGUUUCCGGCUGUACACGGAGAAAGCGUACAAAACAGAAAUGCAGGACAACACGUAUCCAGAGAUUCUUCGCUCGAAUCUGGGCUCAGUGGUGCUGCAGCUCAAGAAACUGGGUAUUGAUGAUCUGGUGCACUUCGACUUCAUGGACCCGCCAGCCCCGGAGACCCUGAUGCGAGCUCUCGAGCUGCUGAACUACCUGGCAGCGCUCAACGACGACGGUGACCUGACCGAGCUGGGCUCCAUGAUGGCGGAGUUCCCCCUGGACCCCCAGCUGGCCAAGAUGGUUAUCGCCAGCUGUGAAUUCAACUGCUCCAACGAGGUUCUCACCAUCACUGCCAUGUUGUCAGUCCCACAGUGCUUCGUCCGCCCCACUGAGGCCAGGAAGGUGGCUGACGAGUCCAAGCUGCGAUUCGCCCACAUCGAUGGAGACCACAUGACACUGCUCAACGUCUAUCAUGCUUUCAAACAAAACCAAGAUUCCACUCAGUGGUGCUACGAUAACUUCGUCAACUACCGGUCGCUAAUGUCGGCAGACAACGUACGGCAGCAGUUGUCGAGGAUCAUGGACCGCUUCAGCCUGCCGCGGAGGAGCACCGACUUCACCAGCCGAGACUAUUACACCAACAUCCGGCAGGCGCUGGUCACCGGCUUCUUCAUGCAGGUGGCUCACCUGGAGCGCACAGGCCACUACCUGACGGUGAAGGACAACCAGGUGGUGCAGCUGCACCCGUCCACCGUGCUGGACCACAAGCCCGAGUGGGUGCUCUACAACGAGUUCGUCCUCACCACCAAGAAUUACAUCCGCACGUGCACGGACAUCAAGCCGGAGUGGCUGCUGAAAAUUUCCCCGCAGUACUACGAGAUGGGCAACUUCCCCCAGUGCGAGGCAAAGAGACAGUUGGAACGCAUUUUUGCAAAACUGUCGUCCAAGGAAUACACGCAGUACUAAGGUCUGUCUGUACUGCAGGAGCAUCCCCGGCCUCUGUACAAAGUUAAAUCUGGACUAUUUUUUAUGUGGAGUGGGUUUUUCUUUUGUCGUCAAGUUGACAUAUAUUUGUCUCACUUUGGUCUGAAGCAUGAUGCUUCAUGUGAAUUUCCACAUUCCUCUGUUUACUUCUGUUAAAAAGAAACCAUGGAUCCAUGAUCAAAUGUAAUUUAUAACAGUACUUUGAUGCAGUUGUAAUGUUCUGUCGUCGUGGUUGCACUAAAAUGGUCACAUUUCCUGUCAACUGUUCAUCCUAAUAAAACAACUUUGUAUUAAAAUCA